AAACGAAUGAAUUUUUGGCUGCCACGGGUAAUCUCAAGAAAAUCACCGAGGAAUUGUCGUUUGAUUGCAAUUCGCCCUGUAAAUUUGCCCGCAUGAAAUGGCUUUUAUGGAUAGCAAAAGUAAUUUUGAUUGAUCAGCCCUUUCGACUUGAUAGCAAUUUUGAAAGAAAUCUUCUGACAUGUCGUUGUGAUGAUUUGCAAUCGUUCGGUGCAGUCGAUAGCGAAACCAUUGCCGAAGCACUGCUUGAGAGGAUGUAUGCAAAUUUUGCUUACAACAAAAUAGGCAAAGCAGAAGAAUGCUUCAAAAAUGCUCUUGCCUCCAUUGAUCUUCAAAUCGAAGUCACCGGUGUAUUGGGCAAACGGACCAGAUUUCAGCAAAAUCUCAUCGCUCAGCUGGUCGCCAGAUGUAUGCCACCAAAUGUGUCACUUCGCGACGAUUCGCUACUGGAAAAUGUAGCUCUGGAAAGCGAUACCUCGUCCUCGAAUAACAGCAGCAAGCUUUCGCCUAUAAGUUUAGCAUGUAUGCUAGCUGCUGGUGUAAUCGAACGAAAAAUACAAAGCAGCGAUGAGCUAUUGAAUGAGAAAUGCGCUUCCUAUCUCGAUGAGGUGAUUGCUCAGCGUAGAAAUUGGGCUGUGCAAGCAAGUGCACUACUACAGCGAUCUGAGCUCGAGUGGACCCGGAUGCGUCGAGCAGAGAGAGCCUGCAUGCAAAUGGAAGCACUGUCGAAGCUAGUGAAUGGUGCCGAAAUAAAAAAACAAAUCGAAGAGGAAAAGCCAGGAAACUACCUUAAGGAUCAUCCUUAGGC